AUGCUCCAGGCCUUGAAGAAACUGCUGCAAAGCUUUCGAGCUGCGCAGGAUCAAUUGGCCACCGCCAAGGCCUCCGGAGAGAUCGAAGCGGCCGGGCAGGAGUUGCAAGUUGUUGCAUCGCAGCUGAUUGAGUUGGUUCAUCGUCUGACGAUGCGCAGUGACCAGGUCGACGCCAUUCUCGGAGAAAAGUCUACCGAUCUUCACGUUAUCGAGGCGCCGCUCCGGGCUUCCCUCGAAUCUCUCCUGGGAGUUCGUGAGCGCCUGAAGCAGAUCGAGGCCGAGAAGGCUGCUCUUCAAGCUUUGAAAAGUGAGGAGGAGCAGAAGGCCGCUUCUUGGGCGACUCAAGCCAAAGAAGCAGCCAGCACCGCGCAAAUGGAAGGGGGUCGGGCUGAAGCAUUAAUGAAGCAAGCAGGCAAAGCUGCAGAGGAAAAGCGAGAAGAAGAAAAAGCAGCCGAAAGGGCUCGCAUUGAAGCUGAAGAGAAAGCCCGAAUUGAGGCUGAGCAAGCGGCUGAAAGGGCUCGAAUUGAAGCUGAAGAAAAAGCUCGAAUUGAGGCGGAGAAAGCAGCUGAACGGGCUCGAAUUGAAGCUGAAGAAAAAGCUCGAAUUGAGGCUGAGCAAGCAGCUGAAAGGGCUCGAAUUGAAGCUGAAGAAAAAGCUCGAAUUGAGGCCGAGAAAGCAGCUGAACGGGCUCGAAUUGAAGCUGAAGAAAAAGCUCGAAUUGAGGCCGAGAAAGCAGCUGAAAGGGCUCAAAUUGAAGCUGAAGAACAAGCUCGAAUUGAAUCUGAGAAAGCUGCUGAAGCAGCUCGUAUUGAAGCUGAAGCCCAAAGUGUUAUGAAAUCUAUGAAGUCAGACACAAGUACAAUGGAUUUGCAGGGAAAGAAUGGAGUUGAAGAUCAACCGAAAGAGCAAGCCCCUGAAGCACUUGCCACAAAUCCAUCCCUUCCAAAGACUGGUCCUACCUCGCCUUGCAAGCAGCAGAAAGCUGCACAAGAUCCGACUUUGACCUCUCAGGUUGCUGAAGUGCAGCGGCUCUUUGUGAAGUCGGACGCAUGCCCAAAGGUCAGUGGAGAGUACCGCCGCAGCGAGAGUGACUGGCAAGGUCGUCAAGCCUUUAAGAAGCACAACGACGAGAUCUUCUUGGUUUGGUCGCCUCGUGAGGCUGGACAUUGGACCUUCACUCGAGAUCCCAAUGCGGAGGAAGUCUUGGCACGCAGCUUGCAGGUGUCCUUAACGACGACGCCUGAGGAGCUCAUGUGCCGCAGUUGGACCAUGGCCCCAUGGAGAAGUCAUGGCAGCAAGAUGGUGGUUCACAUUCAGAGAGCCUGAUUUGAAAGCGAACGACACCAUCUUGAAAUGCUUUCGAUGUUGUGGGAAUGACUGGGAAAGGAGCCAACGUCGCAUUUCGUCUC